UAAAACUAAGGACAAGCGAUCUGUUCACUUUGGACCUUGAAGGGCUCUGUGCUUUUGACUCUGUGUGGGAAUAGAUAACAACUAAAGAAUGAAGAAUCUGAUGUCUCUUCUGCUUUUGGGUCUAUUCUGCUCUUUUCAUUUGACUUCAAACACUCCUUUUGCACUUGUUGCUACUCAGUUAACAUGCUGUUCACAAAACGUCUCCAACAUUCCGAUCCCUGUGAAGAAAAUAAGAUCGUAUUCCUGGACCAGCAGCAGCUGCCCUGAACAGCAUGUUGUGUUUCAGACAGUUAAAGGAAGAGAGAUAUGUGCAGAUCCAAAAACCCAAUGGGUGCGCCGCCAUAUUGCUAAAGAAAAGAAGAAAACAAGGAAAUCUACAGCGAAGACACCAAGACCUCUAGUCUAUCUUGAAGCUCAACACAACUUCUCCAGGAUUCAUUUCUUCACAUCAUCUAAAACAAUGAGACAUCUGAUGGCUUUGAUGUUUCUGGUGAUCUUCUGCUCUCUACAGCUGACUACAAGUGCUCCAGUUGCCUCUUUGGCCACAUGCUGUUCUGAGUUCAGCAAUGCACAGAUUCCUCUGAAACUGGUGAAGUCGUACUAUUGGACUGACAGCAGCUGCCCCAAACGAGCCAUUGUGUUUGAGACUAACAAAAGGAGGAUCUGUGUAGAUCCAGAAACCAGCUGGGUGAACCACCACAUCACUAAAGUGGACGAAAGGAUAACAAAGACCCAAAGCAAAAUCUAAAGAAUUAAUUCAUC